UCUCUGUCAGCUGCGAGUGCGAACCAGAGCCUAACCUGAUCGUUGCCUCCUUCAAAUAUCUCGCGCAUUGUGGGUUUGUGCGUGUGUCGAAAGCAUCGAAAGGGUUGAAAGUACGGUGUGAACAUGGCCGGCGUUCCGGCGGCCGCUGCGCCCGUGCUCGACCAGGUGGAAGAGGACGCGUCGGAGCUGCAGUUCCCCAAGGAGUUCGAGAACGCCGAGACGCUGCUUAUCAGCGAGGUCCACAUGCUGCUCGAACACCGCAAGCAACAGAACGAGAGCGCCGAGGAAGAGCAGGAACUCUCGGAGGUGUUCAUGAAGACACUGGGCUACUGCCAGCGGUUCAGCCGCUUCAAGAACCGGGAGACCAUCACGGCCGUGCGCCAACUGCUGGCACAGAAGAAGCUGCACCGCUUCGAGCUGGCCCAGCUGGCCAACCUGUGUCCCGACAAUCCCGAGGAGGCACGUGCCCUCGUGCCCAGUCUCGAGGGACGCUUCGAGGACGACCAGCUGCGGCAGAUACUGGACGACAUCCAGACACAGCGCAGCUUCCAGUAUUGAGACGGCCGCCAUUUGUUGUAAUGUGUGGUGUGCGUGCGGGCAUAUACGUUGUAAAUUUCCUUAAGCAUCCAAUAAAUAUUACCAGUUUUAUUACAGCUGAG